CUUGUUGUGACAUGAAAACAGACGAAUAAUAAACAUCGUGACACCAUUUAUAAUGAUGAAAAUAUAGCCUUAGAUUUUAUUUAGGUUUAUUUGGAACUUUUUAACUUCUAGUGGCCUCGAGAUGUCGACUAAUCAACCAGGCCAAGCACAGCAGAAGUUUACAAACUUACGAAGACGACUAGAUCAAUUGGGUUAUCGACAACCUUUAGGAAUAGAAUCUCUUCCAUUGGUUGAAAAACUUUUUGCCGAUUUGAUUCACACGACUGAGAGUUUAAAGAAUUCCAAGUUAGAAAAUAACAAAAAACAUGUUCAGACCCAGGAAGUGGACUCUGCUGUGGAACCGUAUAAAAGUGAUAAUGCAAAACUAGUGAAAGAAAAUAAUGAAGUUCAUCUUCAACUGGUGAAACAGAAGGAAGAUGCUGACAGUGCUAUAAGAGAAUUCAAAGCACUGUUACGGAAAUAUGAGCAUGAGAAUGCAGAUUUGAAGUUUUUAAACAAUCAAUAUGUUCAUAAAGUAAAAACUCUGGAGAAAGAAUCAAAAGAAAAAUCAGACAGAAUUGUUCAGUUGCAAGAAAAAAAUUUCCAUGCUGUUGUUCAAACUCCAGGAGGAAGAAAGAAAACAAUUCCUUUCCGUCGUCAGCGUAUGGAAAUAGACACCCAACUUCCUGAAUCUGACAUAUCGAAUCUGAGCAGCAUCCCUCCUCCAGAUGAUCCAUACGUGGCUGAUUUAUUACAAGUUGCAGACACGAGAAUUGCUAAUCUAGAAACAGACUUGAAGAAAAUAAAAGAUGAAAAUGUCGUUUUGGACAGAAAGAUUCAAAAUUUCCGGCAACAGGUUAGAUUUUGA